AUGAUGGAAAAACCUCUGUUACCCAGAGAGUCAGGGCAGUUCGUGGCAGAGCACAGUCGUGAUGUGUCUGUGGUGGACGCAGGAGUUCAGAAGGUGGCUGAGAUGCUCUAUGAUCUCAGACACAGUGAUGCUUUGACCGCCAGUGGCUGGAAAACGGCAAACCCAUUGGCCCCUGCACCGACCUCGGACCAGGGGAGUUUUUAUCAGCACCAAGCAUUGAACUGGGUGUUUGUGGUAGACACCAUGAACUUCUCCUUCUGGCCAGAGAAGGAAAAUCAACAGUGUGAGGUGACCUACAAAGGCACCACUUACACAGGCUACAUGACCCUGUGUGCUUCCAUUACCCGGGCCAUGGAUGAAGGUAUACCAAUUACUGACCCCAAGUACUUCUCUAAGAUAAGUGUGGAGGAGUUGGGACACGUCCUUCGAUCAGACAAUGACACACCAAUGCCGAUGCUUCAGGAGCGCCACCAGGUGCUGACAGAAGGCGGCCAUGUGCUGCUGAAACAUGGGGGAAGUUUCCGAAGUUUCAUCAGCCAAGCUGGAAACGAUGCCCAGCAGAUGGUGGAGUUCAUUGUGGAAAACAUCCCAUCCUACAGGGAUGAAGCUACGAUCUCAUUCUACAAGCGAGCCCAAAUCCUAGUGGCAGAUUUCUGGGGUGUCAUGGAGGCCCGAGGACAGGGAAACAUUAACAUAGAUUGGCUCACCAUGUUUGCAGACUACCGAGUUCCUCAGGCGCUCGUCUACUUAGGAGUUUUGCGAUACUCUGACACAAUGAUGCAAGCUUUGAAGAAUGGGGAGCUGCUGUGUUCAGGUGACCGGCGGGAGGUUGAGAUCAGAGGUUGUUCAAUUUGGUCUGUGGAACUGAUCAAAGAACAUCUUUUCAAGCUGGUGAAGGAGAGAGACGGCCAGACCUGCAAAGUCAACUCCGCGAUCAUUGACUUCUACCUGUGGCCGUUUGCCAAGCAGCAUCACACUGAGAUGGCCCACAUUCCCAUCCACCACACGCGCUGCAUUUACUACUGA